AUGAUGAAUUUAUUCAUUCUUUUCCUCUUCCUUAUUCAAAGCGAGGCAAUCACCAUACCUGAAUCUCCACUUCCCACACCUGCUUCAAGCGUGCCAGUCCAAUUGAGAGCCCGUCAAACGACGUCGUUUGCUACACUUUGUGGAUAUUCAAAUGGCGACAUCGAAAUUCCUCGGACAGCUGAACCCGGAUAUGCUUGUCGCGAAGAUACUAUCGAUAAUUUAUGGGGAUUUUGCCCAAACACUAUAGCUGAAGCUACCAAUUGUGAUUUUGUUGGCUACUGUGUCGACGAUGGUACUUGCUCUACCGGUUGUGGGAGAUCUAGUUUGACACAAAUUCGUUGUACAAACGCGAUGCCAUAUUGCUCAACAGCUUUAUUAGUUUCCGAAGAACAAACAUAUACGUAUCUCACAUGUGCAACAUCGCCAACCAGCAACUUUUAUCUGGUCAAUCCAACAAGCAGUUCUGUAUCGACAGUUUCGUCGGCUUCGGGAUCACAAAUAUCAACAACGCAAUAUUAUUCUACAAUUGUUGUCGCAACGUCCUCAUCAGCUCCUAGUACUCAGACAACCAGUGCGCAGUCAACUGGUGCGAAGGCUUCACCAAACAAUGUUGGAGCCAUAGUUGGAGGAGUCCUUGGAGGCCUUGCUCUUAUUUUCCUUAUUGUUAUUGCUCUGAUCUUCUUGAAACGAUAUAAACCAUCGACUUCACUGAAAGACGAAAAAGAUAUCAAUGGGGGAUCAAUAGCCUUUACAGGACCUGUUGCCGACAAUGGCGGACUGCACGAGCUUUAUGAUUAUAGAAAAGAGGCUAGGGAGCUUGAUUCUAACACCUCGGCAAUGAAAACAAAUUCAGAUUUGAAGUCCGGAGUCUUGACUGGGAAUGAGACAACAAGAAGAAAUACUACUGCGGUUGAAUUGGAUAUAACGCCUUGA